AUGGAUUACACGCAGUCAGACCCUUUCUAUGGGGCUAUUCCAGCUCAAAGCGCUGGGUCAGUCACUGGUGCCGGGGGUGUGGACCUAGAGUCUUUGGGUGGAAAUGUAGCAGGUCCUCUGGUGAAAGUUGAUGAUCCGCCUAAGUUUGAACUCGAGUCAUAUAUUGCGAACUACACCGGCCGAACCAGAUUCAAUCGACUGUUCCUCAUAGGCACAUGCUCCACUUAUCUCUCUGUCGAGGCAUUGAAGGCCGCAGUUGCAGAAGCCAAGAGCGGCAGGGAUGUUUCCAGAUACGAAAAUGCAGUUCGGGCACUUGCCGAAGUUGCACCCGGUGACCCUGAGGCAACGCUUGAUACAAACUGGGUGGAUCAUAUGAAGAAGUCUGUCAAGGCGGAAACAGAUCGACUAGAACACGAGCUCAGAGGCUAUAAGAACAACCUGAUCAAAGAGAGCAUAAGGAUGGGCAACGAAGACCUCGGGCAACAUUACAAUCAGAUAGGUGACCUUGUGUCAGCUUCCAAAGCAUACUCUCGUAUGAGGGACUAUUGCACCACACCAACGCACAUUGCGUCAAUGCUAUUCAAGAUUAUCAAUGUCGCAAUUGAGCGCGGUGACUGGCUCAACGUGCAAACGAACGUGCACCGGCUACGCAAUCUGCAAUCGAAACAAGAGGAGCAAGCCAAAAACGAGCCCAAGAUGUCUGCUGCGCUGGGCCUUUCCCAGCUACACUCUGGUGCAUAUGUGGAUGCUGCCAACAGCUUCUUGGCCACCGAUCCGAGCUUAGGAGACUCUUACAACGAAGUACUCACAUCCAACGACGUUGCAGUCUACGGUGGGCUCUGCGCGCUGGCAUCAAUGGACCGCAAUGAGCUACAACGUCGUGUCCUCGACAACAAUUCAUUCCGCAAUUUCCUUGAGCUGGAGCCGCACAUCCGCCGGGCGAUCUCAUUCUUCUGCAACUCUAAAUUCCGAGCCUGUCUUGAGAUCCUAGAAGCCUACAAGGCCGACUACCUCCUCGACGUCCACCUACAGCGCCAUGUCAAGACACUCUUCACGCGCAUCCGCACCAAGUCCAUCCAACAGUAUCUCGUACCCUUCAGCCGCGUGACCCUCGAAUCCAUGACGAAAAUGUUCGCCCCAGGAGUCAUAGGCGGCCAAGCCGACCCUACAGACUCCAACUCUCCCUUCGUGCAGGAGCUCAUCGAAUUGAUUCAGGAUGGCACCCUCGACGCGCGCAUUGACUUGGAAAAGAAGGUGCUGGUCUCCAACCAGGUCAACCUGCGCACUGACGUCCAGCAGUCCAUCCUGGACAGUUUGGAUAAUUACAUCCGCGAAGCACAUAUUCGCGUCCUCCGGACUAACAUUAUCCAAGCUGGACUGGAGGUCCGUUCAGACGAGCGACGACCGAGAGAUGACAGGGGAAAGGGUGGGGAUACCUUUGGCAAUUUCCUUCCGCGCGGUCCGGGGGUCAUGUAA